AUGGGGACCAGGGGAGAAGCUGACAUUGGCAGCUGGCGUAAAAUCGUAGAGCUGGGCAGCGGACGGACGGGCAGUGUGGCGCUCUGCAUCGAGCCGAUUUUAUCAAGCGCACCAAACGAAGAGCGACGUUGCGGCGAGCACCAACAUCACGUGUUCCAAGCUGUUAAGCGAGUUCGUCGACAGUGCGUGAAAAACAACGGAGCCAUCCGGCAGGUUCUACAGGAGAAGAAAGCGCUUCAGGAUCUCAGAGGGCAUCAAGGAAUCGUGGAUCUUCGCUACACAUCAAAAGAUGACGAACAUCUGUAUUUUGUUCUAGAGCCACUUCUUGGAGGUCCUCUACAUCGUCACAUUCGGGCGGGGCCAAGGGGUCAUUUGGAGGUGCCCGCAGCGAUAUUCUAUGCAUCUGAAAUAACUUCAGCAAUAGCACAUAUGCACUCUCACGGAUUCGUCCAUCGCGACUUGAAGGCGAGCAACAUCGUGUUCAGUGCUAGCGGACACGUCAAAAUAGUCGACCUGGGGUGCUCGAAGCAGCUGGAAAGGCAAACAGGGGGUUGUAAAGAUGGCGACGUAGGUGCCACUGGUGGCUUUUCUUUUCAGAAAACGUACACCUAUUGCGGGACACCUCACAGCAUGGCUCCAGAGAUGGUGUCACGGGAAGGGCACGGGAUGGCCGCGGAUUGGUGGGCAUUGGGAAUCCUUGUGCACGAGAUGGUGAACGGCGAGCCGCCUUUCGGAUACGGAGGGGACGAUUUGACGCAGAGAAUCACGGCGGGUUUGCCGAGAGAUACAUCCCCGGAAUCGGGCGAACGGGAAGACAAGGACUAUCGAAAUGUUGAUGAACCAAAGGUCUUGCCAAUUGUGAGGCGGCUACUCGACACCGAUCCCCAACAGCGCCUUGGCUUCUCGAGGGACGCCCAGGAAGUUAUGUCCCACGCAUGGUUCGCAGGUGUGGAUUGGGAGAGGACCACCAAGCUGGAUACCGAGCCCCCGGCGUUUCGAAAGGAUCUAGGGGAGCUCGAACACUUGGACGCAGAACACACGGGCAUAAGUGCCACGGAUGUCGAUCCCGAUGGGUUGUUCGCGGGGUUUUGA